AUGGCGUAUGACAUCUGCAGAAUGACGCCACUGUCUUCUCAAGCUCCAUCAUCUCCUUCUAAUGAGGAAAAACUUAUUCAUCUUUACGAAGAGCCCCCUGACUCUGAUGUACCAGUUCACCUCUAUGAGGAACCACCUGAUCCUGAACUGUCAGCUAAUCAAAAUGCAGAUUCUCCAGUACUAGACUCCCCGUCCAAUCAGAGGACACCCACUUCCAGUGAAAUUCCUUAUGCAACGAUAGACUCGUCAUUUUCAAAAAGCGAAACAGAUGAGAGUCUGGGAAAAACUGAUUCAAUUGAACGCAACCAAGCAACAAAGGAUGAGGAAUCAGAAACUCUGUUGCCGCAGGAUCAAUAUGUGUGUAUUGACGAUGCAAAUGAGGAAAUUAAAAAUGCGGAAAACAGGGUAAUGGACAAUUCCACUGAGGUGACACCUGAGAAAGAACAAUCAGAAAGUUUUUCUCGGAAUUCCGGAGGACGGAGAAGUAAUAGAUUCAUUGAAGCUAUCCGAAGAAUAUCAUCAUCUAGAAGCAGUAUGAGCGGUACAGAGGAUGAAACCAGAUCCAUCACGUCCGAGACAGAAGACAGUCUUUAUAGUACUGCAGAGAAAGGCGAUACUGGCGAGAGGAAGAGAUCAUUGGACGUGGUCAGGACGGCAAGUUUUCUUGACAAAAUGAAAGAAAUGAGACGGAAAAUUGGCAGAAAGUCAUCAUCCAAAAGUCAGGGUGACCAGGAUUAUGACAAUGCAUCGGAACCAUCAGGGAGUUCAGAAAGUCUAAGAAGUUCAAUCAGUGGUGCGAGUGGACUGAGUGACAUCAUUGAUGUGAUUAAUAUGCCACCAAUGGGGACGUGGAUGGGUAUGUUAAAUAACCGAGUGGGAACGUUCAAGUUCAUUUACGUUGACAUGAUCAAUGAGGAAGAAGAACAAAAAAGAAAUCUCGGAGACCUAGAAUCAGACGACGACCGUCAAAAAGACUCCCCAAGACCAAUAGCGUGGAGGGACUACUGA